GGGAGCUGGCAGCUGUGUCAGUCCAAUUCUGGCUGGGAAAGAGGAGAUCCCUGUCCUGUCACGUUGUUGACAGAUGUGCUGUUACAGGCUGUCUUCCCAGAAGUCACAGAAGAAGCUCAGACUCUGCUUUUCCUUCCCUCCCAAGUCCAGUGAUUUCCCUGGUAAUGGAUUGCUUCUCUCUGAGCUUCCACCCUGGUGAGCCCACCCAGGUCUAGUCUGUGAACUCAGCCAGGAGACGCCACUGUAAAAAUGACCGAAGAGCACAUAAAGGAGAUCCUGGGAACCCCGAAGUCUCCCAAGCCAGUGGCAAUGGAGAAGAGCUCCAACGGUGAAGCUGUGGUCACCAUGGUGCCCCUGGUCAGUGAGAUUCAGCUGACGGCCGCCACUGGGGGUGCUGAGCUCUCCUGUUACCGCUGCAUCAUCCCCUUUGCCGUGGUGGUCCUCAUUGCCGGGAUAGUGGUCACUGCCGUGGCUUACAGCUUCAAUUCCCAUGGCUCCAUCAUCUCCAUCUUAGGCCUGGUCCUUCUGUCAUUGGGACUUUUGUUGUUAGCCUCCAGCGCCCUGUGCUGGAAGGUGAGACAGAGGAGCAAGAAAGCCAAGAGACGUGAGAGUCAGACGACUCUCGUGGCAAAUCAGAGAAGCUUGUUUGCUUAGGACUAAAUGAGACCAAAUGGGAUGUAUGGCCUGAAGGACCUGCUCUCACUUCAUCAGUUAAUGCACCCAGGGCUGCUGUGGGAGACGAUGGACUUGGCAUUGCCGCAGACCAGAGGCAUGGCGGUGGCCUGAGGGUGGAGGAUGGAUGGGAUUCUCAUCUGUGAGCAGUGACUUGUGUCUUCUUCUAUGACAAACUUAAUUCUGAGGGCUAUUUCUAAGACUGAAAAAUCAACUUCUCCUCUACAUAAACUUUUUAGGGUUCAUGGGAGGUGCACAGCAUUAGACAGCAUUUGAUUCACCUUGAAUUCUGGCAUACCAGCGACCUGCCUCCAAAAGAGAUAAGCCACACUGUUAGGAUGUUAUGUCAUAAAAAUGUUCUGCUGAGAGUCUAAACUGCCUUGAACUUUGCAUACUCCUAUGAAAUUCUGUGAUCAUUUUUUUCUCCGAAAAGUUGAUUCUCUAGCAUCUGUUUUAAUUUUCACUUUCAGUAACUCAUCACUGGUGGUACUUUUCUUGAAGAAUAAACUAAUAUUUUUUAUGUUUUAACAUUGAACGGUUCUUAGAUGAUUGUAAUAAUGUGUCAGAAGUUAAAAAAAUAGGUAAAAGGUGUAGCUACUAAAGGACAUGGGGGGAUAAAUUAAUAUUAAAAUAAUCCAAUAUAGCACUUUUAAUGAUUUUUAUAUUAAAGUUUAAUGUACAUGUCAUUCAAAAUAAUAAAUACU